AUGGCAAGCUCGAGAAGAGUAUCCCCGAAGGCGAUCGCAGAUAUUCACAAGCUGGUGGAUGAUGCCUGUGCGGAUGCCGACAACGGCUUACCCUGCGCAAGCGUCGUGUUGCUAGGCAAAGCUGGCCAUGAAGUUGUAGAACUUGCAAGUCACUCUGUGGGAGCGAGGGAUUCUCAGGGAGAGAAGGACUGCUACUGGCUGGCUUCUUGCACGAAGCUGGUCACGGCCAUUGCGUGCAUCCAGCUCGUUGAGCAAGGUCGAAUCUCACUUGAUGAUGCAAAUCAGGUUGAGGCUGUCUGUCCUGAGCUUCGAGGCGUCCAGGUUCUGCAGGAAGAUGGGUCGCUUGUGGAGAAGACGCGACGGAUUACGUUGAGGAUGUUGCUCACUCAUACAGGUGCGCUCCGCGGAACCAAGCUUAUGGAAAGUCUCAAAUCGCUAACCUCUACCGCAGCUGGUUUUGGGUAUUCCUUUCUCAACCCGAAACUGCGUUCUUAUCGUCUCCGGAACCACCAACCCGAGUUUGACGAGUUCUCGGGCCUCGAGGCAGAUAUGCACCAGCCUCUCGUCAAUCAACCUGGGGAGAGGUUCGAAUAUGGGACAUCUAUGGAUUGGGUCGGAAUUCUGAUCUCACGCCUGACGGGCCAGAAACUCAAUGACUACAUGCAGCAAAACAUUUUCCAGCCCCUAGGGGCAAGUGAAAUAUCGAUGCUACCCUCAGAGGAGUCGAAGAAAAGGCUUAUGGGCAUCUGGCAGCGCGAUGCGAGCGGCUACCUAUCUUCCCGCGAGUACCCGUUGCGUAGACCGUUAGUCGACCCAGACACCUUUCACAGCGGAGGUGCCGGCCUAUUUGGUAGCCCCCGCGAAUUCAGCAAGGUUCUCGGCGCGCUACUCAACAACGGCACAUCACCGUUAACCGGCAUGUCGAUCCUCAAACCCGAAACAGUCGACGCCAUGUUCGUCAACCAGCUGCCGCACGACCCAGACUUUGCGCGGCGAUAUCUGCCUGCAGUCAAGCCCGAUCUAGUCUACCCAGCCGAGGAGCUCUACCCACUCUGCCCCGUCGGAGAGCCGCAAGGAUGGGGGCUGAGCUUUAUGAUCUCCCCCGCCAUUACCGGCCGAUCGGACAGGACUGUCCACUGGUCGGGCCUGUCCAACGUCCAUUGGUGGUGCGAUCGCGAGAACGGCGUCGCUGGGGUGGUCGGUUCCCAGGUGCUUCCAUUUGCUGACCCGCAGGUUGCGGCCCUUUGGAUGCGUGUGGAAGAUAGACUGUAUGAGGAGCUAAAUGAAGGCAACAAAGCAUAG